AUGAGCAAAAGAACAUUUCAACCAUCGAAAAGAAAAAGAAGAAAUAAGCACGGAUUUAUGGACAGAAUGGCUUCUGCGAAUGGAAGAAAAGUUCUGGCGCGUAGAAGAGCUAAAGGAAGACAUAAAUUAACU